GUCGAAUUGGGGCAUUGGGCUUCAGUUUUGGGCUUUUGAGAAGCUUCGGGUUUGGGCUUUUAGGAAUGCGACCCGGUUUUAUACCCAAUCCCCUCGAAGCAAACCAGUUCGCGCGCUCUAUUUCUCACUGGCUCUCUCUAUUUCUCUCUCUGACUCCGAAAUUGCAAAUUGAAGAAGAAAAUGAGUAACGAGUUGGACGCGUUGUUCUGCGAUGAGGUUCUUCCCAGCCUAACGAACGCCGAUGGAGGCUCCGGUUCCUCCUCCGGCUCUGAUAAGGAGGAUACCGAUGUGGAUGUGGAGGACGAUGUAGAGUCUGGAAUUGCUGAAUCUGAGGUCGAGGUCGAUGAUGAGGACGUUUUGGAUUUGCUUUAUGGCGAUCUUGAGGUCUCAGCACGUUCCGAGUUCACUGAAUCUGCUAAUGAGGCUCGUAUGCGCCUAGUUUUGUCCCUCGCUGAAGAGGCCGAGGCUGGUGUAGCUGAGGCCAUCAGUCAUCUGUUGAUGGAGAUUGCGGAAGCCCCUGAGGUUCCAGAUUUCUUGCCUUCAGGACCUAGUGCUACUGAGCUGGGAUACGAGGUUGUUGCUAUUCGGUUUAGUGAGGAUUUGGAAAGCUGGGAACCUGAUCAUGUAUAUGAGGUUCUGGAGGGAGAGGAGGACAUCAUUGGACAGGCCCAUGAGGAUGAGGGGGACAACAUUUUCAUGGAUAUCGGCGAUGUUUUUGAUUGCUGGGCCUAG